AUGACAAGAAAGAAAACCUCUAACCCUAAAUCCAUCACUUAGGCAAAGAUCUGCCCCUGGAUGGCGUUUCGUGGGAGUGGUUCAACAACCAAGAUAUUUGAGAAUGGGACUUUGGGUUAGCAAACAUAGAUUUGAUUGCGUAGAUUUCAGCUGAAUAAUGGUAGUUCCUGAUGGUAGUUGGUGGAUUGACCUAUCAUAAGCGUUGCGUCCUUUUGUCGUACACACUGCUGACACACAUUCUGUUUAGUCCAGAGUUCAAGGCAAAAACAUUCAACGAAACUCUGCCCCGGAACUCUGCAGACUGACCAACAGCCGGCUAUUGACGAUUGACCAUUGACGAGUGAACAACUACUGCCGUAUCCCUUACUUCAAAUCAUUAGAAGUCUCAACAUGCCUCGCAAAGGAAAAAGAUGGAUUUUCGCCAAGCACUUUGAUGGGUUUCCAAAGAAAAGUGACAUGAGACUUGAGGAGUUUGAUAUCCCAGCGCUCAAUGAUGGGGAAGUUUUACUGGAAGCCGAGUAUCUCUCUGUGGAUCCAUACAUGAGAGCUUACAGUCCUUCUCUAAAAACUGGAACAGUUAUGAUCGGACAACAGGUCGCCAAAGUCAUAGAAAGUCGCAAUGAGAACUUCCCAGUCGGAACGUGGACGCUUCCGAGGAGUGGGUGGACUACCCAUUCUGUCAACAAUGGAAAGGAACUCAGAAAGAUGCCUCCGUUACCGGCUGAUGUACCCCGGUCUUACGCCAUCGGGUCGCUAGGAAUGCCUGGCUUGACAGCGUACUUUGGUCUUCUGGAUAUCACCGACCCUAAACCAGGAGAGACUGUCCUGGUUAGCGGAGCUGCCGGUGCUGUAGGGAACGUUGUAGGACAGAUUGCUAAGAUCAAGGGAUGUCGAGUGAUCGGGUCGGCAGGAAGUGAAGAGAAGUUGGAAUAUCUGAAGGAACUUGGUUUUGAUGAAGUCUUCAACUACAAGACAACACCGGACCUUGAUGCUAAACUCAAAGAACUAGCCCCAGACGGAAUCGAUGUAUAUUUUGAUAACGUUGGUGGAGAGUUUGCUACUGCAGCAGUUCUCAACAUGAAGUUAUUUGGACGUGUCUCAUGCUGUGGAGCCAUUUCCGGUUACAACUUAAAAGAACCUGAGAAAUUAUCAUCAAUCUAUAGUAAGAUGGUAUUCAGUCAACUGAAGAUGGAGGGGUUUAUCGUCUCCAGAUAUCUACCACGCUGGCCUGAAGCAAUCGGUGUACUGGCACAGUGGGUCCAAGAGGGCAAGAUCAAGGUCCGAGAGCACAGGACUGAUGGGUUUGAGAACAUGUUCAAAGCAUUCACUGAACUCUUCACCGGAGCUAACACAGGAAAGGCUAUCGUCAAAGUCUAGGUUUUAUCUCCUCUUAAGGACGAGAAAAGAAUUCGUGAUCACAUAAACGCUGAUGUUCGAGUAUAUUUGAACACCGUUUCCUCGAAAAAUAAAUGAGGGGCAAAUACUGAUUUGUAAAAAUUAUAUCAGAAAGAAGCAGUAGGUCCCAGUUUUUUUUAAGAGGAAGCACCAAAACCACUGUAGGUACGGACAUUUUCGUGAGUAGUGAUUGUUGUCCCGGAGUGAGAAAAGGGCAGAAUAUAUACCCACCUAAUCUUUUCAGGAUCUUAAAGAUAUUCCUCAAAUAGAUACAGAAUUGAAUGGUGCCUUCACUAGCAGGUUGUUGUAAACAAGAACCAUGACAUGCAAAUAAUUAUAUUUUUAUUUUCCAUAAUUCGUCCAUGGUGGCUAAUAUUUCUUGAAGUAUAGCAAUAUAAAAAACGAAAUAGGGAGAUGAUAUACGAAGAAAGAGUACAGCUACACUCUAAAGAAUGUUGGUUAAAAUGCUCCAUGUGGGUAAUUAUGUGUCCAACCAACAUUGGGCAUUUCUUUUUGGCAUUUUCAUUUAUCCAGUGUGAUGAACAUUUUGCCCAUUCUAGAGUAAUUGCUGCUUAUUUUUAACCUUACUGGACAAUAUGCUUCCCGCAUUGGGUAACAAUUGCCCAAAAUUGGUUGGACACAUAAUUACCCUCGUGGUGGUAAAAUUUUAUCCAAUAUUUUUUACAGUGUAUUAUACAGUGCGUAUCAAAAAAAGUUUACACCAAAUUCUGUAAAAUUAUACAUUUGUAAUAUCCUGAAGAUUUUUCCUCAUUUUAACAUUGGUACAGAUCCAUUUAAUCAAAUGACGAUAUAACUGUCGAAAAAUAUUUCGGCUUGAGUGAGCACCACUUACUUUUGAAAAGUUAGUGAAAAAUGAUUUGCACAGAACCUUGAAAUAGUUAUGUGAAUAAAAGUAGACCUUAAUCAUGAAGAACACGUGGAAUAUAGCUAGUAGAAUUGAUUUGAAGGUCUCUUUUACCUUUUUAAACUUGUUUCCUUGCCCAAAACACUUCGAAGAAUGCAUUGUGCCUCACCCCACUCCACCACACACCGAGGCCAUCGUGACGAUAUUUGCUUUACACUGAGCUGUGAUUUACAUGAAAUGACUUAGGCUUGAUUUUCAUUUUGUUUAUCAUUUUCAAGCUUGGGAAAAGUGUGGAGAAACAAGUAUUAAAUAAAAAAUGAAAUCUAAACCCACUUAAACUGAUAAAAACUUAGUGAAAAAAAUGCUGGAGAUGUCUGAUAGAAACUUUUGUUCAGAUUCAGUUAUGUCCUCAGAUCCAGCUGGCACAAAAAGUGUAAAAUUUUCUUUGAUACGCACUGUAAAAGAAUGAUUGUGUCAUAUUAAAGAUUUUUUUCCCGUAAAUAGCACACAAAGCUUUACAAUAAAGAUGAAAAUUAUCAGA